AUGCCUAUAUUAUCCACAUGGCAUCUCGUCCCCCGCGGCGACCAUGGCUCAUCACCAGAAAGUGACGAUUCCUCAACAGCAGGCGCAACCGGCAACAUUGUCCCCUCGAAUGCAUUCGCAGAUGAUCUGUUUCGCGAGAAGUUUAUGGGCAUCGCCAAAGGAGGUUCAAAUGGGGAGAAAAUCAUGCGCGGCUUUCUGAUCGGUCUUGCCAUCGGUCUGUUGCAUGCUUCGUUUGUUGUUGGUACCCAUGCUGCCGACCACGAAUACGAAACCGUCGGCGACAAAGACAACGGGCGCGCAGAGGACCUGCUGUGA